UCUGAACAACUAAACCUACCAAAGAAGCGGACGACUCAGAGAACAGAGAAGAGACGAAGAAAACGACAAGGAACAGUGAUUUAAAGCCGACGAAGCAAGGACGCUUAACGUUUCAGGUGGUGCUUGGGCUUCCUUCAUCCUUUACAGGCAGAUCCCGCACAUCACUGUGGUCAGAAGGAUUUCUGGACAACAACCCUACAAAAAUGUCGGAAAAGAAUGGAGAUUCCAACAAGAAGGCUGCUAAAAAAGCAAACCUUCUCGAUCACGGUUCCAUCAAGCACCUCCUCGACGAGUCAGUAUUGGAGAUCGUUACCGGCAAGGGCUACAAGGAAGAUGUGAGGCUGAGCAACAUUAGAUUGCUGCUAGGAGUUUUCAUCAUCAUAAUUGCUCUCUUCGCUCAGUUCUACAACAAGAAAUUCCCAGAUAACCGGAAUUUUCUCAUUGGCUGCAUAAUAUUGUAUGUUAUAGCCAAUGCAAUUUUGCAGCUGAUUGUGUACACCUUGGAGAAGAAUGCUAUUCUAUUCACUUAUCCUCUAGCUGGAUCCUUUAACAGUAUUGGCUUAGUUGUGUCUUCAAAGCUGCCCAGAUUCUCAGAUUUGUACACACUGACAAUAGCUAGUGCAGAUCCUCAAUCCAUCUCAGCUAAAACACCUGUGGAGAUCACAAAGAGCGUUACUCAAUGGUUUACAAAGGAUGGAGUUCUAGUGGAGGGACUCUUUUGGAAAGACGUGGAGACGCUAAUCAAUGAUCACACUAAAGAAGGCAAAAAGAGCAAGUGAAAAUCAAUCAAUGAAUUUUGAAGAGUGGAACUGAUAGACUCAUCAUAGUCAGAAGGGAGAGAGAUAGAAAGAACAUAUUGGUUCUAACACAGUGGAUUUUUUCAUAACUAUUUCUUUGCUUCGACACAAUCCCAUAGUGGUGUUACAUUGACUAUUAAUAUCGAAGCAGAUUCGGCAGAGUAUGCAUACGGUAUACACUUGGGCUUCUUUUCAUCAGCUUAGCUUCUCGGACAUGAAACAUAUUGAUAAAUGACUGUAUACCUUAUUGUUUCGGUUAUAACAUACUCCGUACUUCAGUAUUAGGGAACCGGGAGAGAGGCUCUGGACUUGUUGCUGUAGUUCAAAUCCCACUUACACGGAAUUUUUAAUCUUAAUCACAACAGACAGAAGGGUGAUUGGUGUUGUUUCUGCCUCUUAGGACGGGUGAUUUUGAUCAAAUUUUGAUUUAUACUUUCAAUCUGAUGGUCUCAGUGAGGCCAGGGGGUCUGUGUCAUACUGUCAUCCAUUAGAAAAUCUCUACUUCAAGCUUACAUUAACUGUCUAACUUCGAUAUUGGACUUAUUGGUCCACUCCUCCCGUUUUGGGUGUUGCGUUUAAAAAUAUUACCAAAAAUGUAUUUAAUUUGAAUAUUCUGGUUCCCUCCUCCCGUUUCCCGAUACGAAUACUUCACCAGGGCAUCUUAUUGGUGUAUCGGAAACGUUCCCGUAUCGAAUAAUCUAGGAUCUUAUACAGUUAUAGUGCAUGUUCCCAGGUCAUUUUAUCAAAAGUUUCCAUUUUUUUUUUGUAAUUAUUUUAAAAUUUCGGACACCCAUAUCUUGAUAGAUACACAUAUCAACUUUUUUUUAUAAAAAAACACUCAAAAUCUAUAUGAUAAAAUUCUGAAAAAAUGAAAAAAUUAAAAUAAAUUACACAACUAAGUAUAUGGAUCACAAAGUAAAAUGUUGGAUGUUGAUGAAGAUGACUUUGGAAGCAUGGAAGACACACACAUAUACAUACAUAUACAUACAUAUAUAUAUAUAUAGAGAGAGAGAGAGGGAGGGAGAGAGAGAGUGCUCUUCUUGUCUGGCCAGGCCAGUCAGGACCUCCGUUUGACCACCUCAUUUUGAGGUGGUUUCCGCUGGUAUUUUUGGCUGAAUUUUUUUGUGUAUGUUCUUCAUCAAGUCCAAUUCAUUCAUACUAAAAUUCAGGAAAAAAUUCAAUUGGGAAAUUCGUCAAAUGAUUUUUGCAUGAAAACUGGUUCGGAAUAUACAUAUAAAACGUAGUUAUCAUGCAAAAAUCAUUUGUCAACAUUCCCGAUUGAAUUUUUUGCUCAAAUUUGGUAUGAGUGAACUAGACUUGAUAAAAACAUACACAAAAAAUUUCAGUCAAAAACACCACCGGGAACCACCUCAAAAUGAGGUGGCCGGACGGAUGUUCUGUCCGACCUGGUUGGACAUGAACAUUCGUGAUAUAUAUAUAUAGAGAAAAGAUCCCCUGAUCUUUAAGCUGAAAAAUGAGAAAUAUCCUCUACCGUACGAUUACCUAGAUAUGGCACAUCUCAUUAAUGGCAAUUGUUGUAAAUUUAACUGCUCCCUUUAAUUUCUUCCAUUCCCGACCAAUCUUCUUCACGAUCGAGAGGUUCUCAUCCAAUUACAACCCAUUUACAAAGCGAUUAUUCUAGUGAAUGGUCCAGGCUACCGGUGAAGCAGAGGAAUGGUAACAAGAAACUCCAUUGAUGAAGCAAAUUCAAAGGGCAACAACACUCGCAAGGAUAUUCUCAUUCACCUGUAAUGUCUCUUCUUUGCGAUGUGGAACUUCUUCUUCUCCGCUCCAUAUCGUCUAAAGCAGAGAGGUCGGGAAUGGAAUGAUGAUGACAAGAGCGCGAAGCUUCUCCUGUGAGGUCAAAUCUAGCUGUGAAAUAGGUUUUGAGCUCGAUUCCUCUCGACCUCACGCGAACCCCAACCGACUGACGGAUUGAAUCAGUAACUCCUUGCUUUCUCCUUAGGAUUUCUAAUCGAUGAACAAAGACUCUGGAUGGUGAUACUACCACUUGUGCUUAACCAGCCUGCGUCCUCGGAUGUCGCUGAAAAAUAUGAUAAAGUCUUCCUUAGGGUUAUUUUUCCCGAUCAGGAACCGCCAUGGGUGGAGGGAACGCCCAGAAGUCCAAGAUGGCUCGCGAGAGGAACCUUGAAAAAAGCAAAGAGGCUAAAGGAAGCCAGUUGGAUGCAAACAAAAAGGCCUUGAAUAUCCAGUGCAAAAAAUGUAUGCAAACAUUCAUUUGCACCACAACAGAGGUGAAGUGCAGAGAGCAUUUUGAAGCAAAGCAUCCCAAGGCAGAUUUCUUCGAGUGAUUUCCCCAUCUCAAGAAAUGAACUCAGCGCCUUUGCCCCGGGCAAGUUGCCGUUUGUGUGUAUUUUGUGUCAAGACUGGAAUUGUCUAAUGUGGUUUGAACCUUAUUUCACAUUUACUUUUGAAUAAAAUUGGAGUGUACUUAAUUAAAAAAAAGGUGAUACUACCACUUUUAUGAUUUAUUGUUUUGGCCAUGAAGAAAGGAGCAAAGUUCAGCAACUUAGCAUGGGGCCCUGGGGUGUUGGGGGCUUUGGUUCAAAAGGAAUAGAAGAGUUUAGAAUGGGUUGAGCAUGGGUCAUGGGUGUACUGGCUUUGUAAAUAGUUGGAUUCAAGUACAACAAGGUGCAUAUAAACAAAGAGCUUCUGAUAAAUGUGCAUAUAAACAAAGAGCUUCCUCUUUAUAUUAUUAGUUGUCAUUUAAAUGUUAAAAGUUGUUGUUCUCAUGUAACAAGUCAAUUUAGUUUAGUUAGAAGUCUUCAUGCAGGCAUCGAAAAUGUGUAUUGAAGUAUAAUUGGUGCUAGUUUGUCGAUUGUUAUUAAGUAUAAUUGGUAUUAGCAGUAGUAGAAGUACUACUACUAGUAUUUUUGCUAGUGUUAUUAUUAUUACUAUUUUAUUGUAAAUCAACAUUUAGGCAUUUAGUUGCCCAACGAUCCUUCUCAUGACUAUAUCAUCAUAAUCAAUUUUUUUU